ACGACAGUCCAUAAAAACCUACAAGAAGAAGACGUUGCUCUUCGAAAUGGUAACAUCUCCCAAAUCUCAAAACCCUUGUCCAAGCUCAUCUCCUUCUCUCUGCAAAUCAUCCAUCGUCUUGUAAUUCCUCUCAAUCUUUCUCAUGGAAGACGAUGACGAGUUCGGAGAUCUGUACACGGACGUCCUCAGACCAUUUUCGUUAUCAUCGGCACCGUCUACGGCUCAGCAGCCUCAGCAGCCUCAACAGCUCUCUUCUGGUCCAUCGCUAUCCACCCGUCCGAUCGACCUCAAUCUCCAAUCCGAUGAUGGUGCGGCACUCCAUGGAGCUUCCUUCCCUAGUUCUGCUCUUCCCCCGAAACCGUCAAGCCAAACCCUAGGGCGUGACUCCAGCGCGGUUCUACGAGCUCCUUCAGGUCCAGAUGCGAUCUCAAGCGAUCAGGGAGAGGAGGUUUCAGGCCGAGCUGCAAGUGCGUUUGAGAUGGAGGAUGAGAAAUUGUCGAAGAUAGCUUCGAAGGACUCGAGCCGUGAAGAAGCUGGUGUUGCUGCUGCUGAUGAUAAGGAUGUGAAAUUCGAUAUUGAGGAAGUUAAUACUGGACUUGAGGAUGACCCGAUAAUCCCCGGCUUGUCGAGUGCCAGUGGUGGAGGAACAUCGGUCCCUGUGUCGGCUGCAAAUCAGGAAGAUAUUGAAAGCGCUGGAAGAAUUGACCAGGAUAAAGAUAUAGCGACUGGUGGCGGAGAAGGAGAGGGAGAUGAUUGGGAUAGUGACAGUGAAGAUGAUUUGCAGAUAGUGUUGAAUGAUAAUACUCAUCAUGGGCCGAUGGGGAUGGAGAGAGGAGGAAUGGGGGGUGAUGAUGACGAGGAUGAUGAUGAACUUGUUAUUGUGGCCGAUAGUGGUGCAAAUCCGAUCAUGGAGGAGCAGGAGUGGGGCGAGGAUACAGCACAGGCAGUGGAUGGAGAGAGGAAAGAGGCAGGAGAGGUGGGGAAAGCCAGUGUUGGAGGAGCUGCAGCUGUCCCAAGAAUUGGUUAUAGCAAUCACGGAUACCAUCCAUUUCAUUCUCAGUUUAAGUAUGUUAGACCUGGUGCAGCACCAGUGCCCGGAGCAACUACAAGUGGUCCUGGGGGUGCCCCCGGUCAAAUCCGUCCUCUUGGAAACUUGGUUCCUUUGGCUGGCCGUGGUAGAGGUGACUGGCGUCCACCAGGAAUAAAAAAUGCUCAAACCAUGCAGAAAGGCUUCCAUGCUGGCUUUGGAAUGCCGUGGGGUAAUAAUAUGUCAGGGCGGGGUUUUGGUGGCGGACUGGAAUUUACACUUCCGUCUCACAAGACUAUAUUUGAUGUUGAUAUUGAUGGUUUUGAGGAAAAGCCAUGGAAAUACCCUGGUAUUGAGAUUUCUGAUUUCUUCAACUUUGGUUUGAAUGAGGAUAGCUGGAAGGAUUAUUGCAAACAGCUGGAACAGCAUCGCUUGGAGACUACCAUGCAAAGUAAAAUUCGUGUUUAUGAAAGUGGGCGAACAGAGCAGGAAUAUGACCCCGAUAUGCCUCCGGAAUUAGCUGCAGCAACUGGUGCUCAGGAUGUUCCAUCUGACAACGUUAACUUUGGGAAGCCAGAUGUUGGACAAAGUGAUUUGACAAAAGCUCGCGUGCGACCACCAUUACCUACUGGGAGAGCAAUACAGGUGGAAGGUGGUUAUGGUGAACGUCUUCCUUCCAUCGAUACUCGUCCUCCUCGUGUCCGUGAUUCUGAUGCAAUCAUUGAGAUUGUCUUGCAGGACACUUUUAGUGAUGCCUCCCCUGCUGAAAAUGAUGUCCAGGAGAGGACUGAAAAUGAUCUUCCAAAAGAAGAUUUUAGAGGGGACCACAUAGCUGAUGACAAUGGACCAACCGAGACUGAAUAUUCUGAUAGUUAUGAUUGCAAUGUUCAAAAGAAGAAGCAAAUUGGAAGGGCAUCUUUUGCUCAUUCUGCUCAUGAGGAAACAACUCAAGGAGAUGGUUCUUUGCCCUUUCCUCCAGAAGCACCGCUUCAAUAUCGUCCUGCUUCAAGGGGUCAGACUCCUGUAUAUUCUCGUGGUGAUGAGAGGAGGACACAGGGAGGAGCUAAUGACAGCUCGCCUCAACCAACUCCUACUCCCAGUGUGCAGGACGAGAAGUUCCUCGAUAAUCAAGAGGAGUCAACUGAAAGCAUGGGCGGUAAUCGUAGUCUUCCUGCAUCUCCUGGUGCUGUCAGGGAUGCAAGGGAAUCAAGUAUUGAGCAAAAAGAUGUUUCACCUGAUGCGGAUGAAAGUUCAGUAAUGGAGAAGGAGGAAGUGAUAAAUGAUAAAGAUGGAAUUGUCCCUCACUCCAUGAAGAAACAAAAUGUGAGUUCUCAAGUUGAACCAUUUGAUGAUGAGGAGGAUUCAAAGGCUGCUAGAAGUAGUGAAAACAGUAAAGCAAGAUCUGGUAGUAGUAGAGAUAAUCAGAAACGGAGAGAUGGUAUAGAAGAGGAGGUUGUUCAAGAUAGACAUUCUGCUCGAAUCGGCAGCAGCAGGAAACGACUUGAUGAAAAUGAACAUAAUUACCGUAGAAAAGAUCGUGAUGGGAGACAGGACCUGGAAAGAACUCAUGUGGCAGUAAAAGGGAGGGAAGAUUCGUAUUCUUAUAGGGAUUUUGAUCAAACAUUGGCUCAUCAUCCAUAUAUGAAAACAGAGAGCUUUGAUAGGAGAAAGGAUCCUGAUGGAGCUUGGCAACUGAGAGAAGAUGACCCUUAUGGUAGAAAAAGUAGGGGCGAAGACUCAAGGAAGAGGGAUCGUGAAGAGGAAGCGGGAUCCAGGCACAGGGGUAAGGUUCGAGAAAAUGAAAGGAUUGACAGAAAACAGUUAGAUAAUGGCAACUACAAAAUUCAUUAUGACAAGGAUGUUGGCUCGAGGCAUAGGGAACGAGAUGAUAACUUGAAGAGUAGGUAUGAAGCGGAUGAUUACCACAGUAAGAGAAGGAAGGAUGAGGAAUAUCUUAGGGACCAUUCUGAUCGGCCUGAAAUCAUACAUGGCCACAGAGAAUCCACAAGCCGUCGAAAACGUGAAAGGGAUGAUUUCUUGGACCAGCAAAAGCGAGAUGACCAACAAAGAAUUAGAGAGAAUUAUGAUGAUCACCACACUGUUAGGCACAAAGAUGAAAUUUGGUUGCAGAGAGAGAGGGGUGAGAGGCAGAGAGACCGGGAAGAAUGGCAUAGGUUGAAACAGUCCCAUGAAGAAAUUCUGUCUAAGCGGGAGAGAGAAGGGAGGAGUACUGUAAGGAGUGGGCGUACAUCCGAAGACAGAGGAUUGGUAAGCCAUGCUCGGACGAAGGACGAGUAUAGAGGUUCUGACAAAGAGUACCAAGCCAAAGACACAAUUCGAUAUGGUGAACAGCUGAAGAGAAGGGAACGCAUUGAUGAUGACAAUUCUUCACAUCACAGGGGUCGUGAGGAUUUUCAUGCACGAAAAAGCCAACCAAAUAAUGAUGAGAGAAAAUCUCGGCAGGAAAGGUCAAGUACUCGUAAUGACCGUGCUGCGGAAGCUUCUGAUAACCAAAGGGUGCAAGAGAAAAAGCACAGAGACAACACGAGAAAGAAUAAAGAAUCUGAAGGUGGAGAUCUUAACACUGUAAGCUUGUCCAAGAGAAACCAAGAAGACCAAAGUGGUCACACUAAUGACAUGGGUUUAAAGUGUACAAGUGAGCCAGGAAACGGCAAGAAUAAUAUUCCAGUCCAACAUAACUCUUCCCGGAGACACAGGGAAGAUGCUUCCUCGGAUGAUGAACUGCAAGAUUCAAGGAGAGGGCGCUCAAAGCUGGAACGUUGGACAAGCCAUAAGGAGAGGGAUUACAGUAUGGGCAGCAAGUCAUCGGCUUCCUUGAAGUUCAAAGAGAGUGAGAGGAAUAACAACGGCUCUUCAAAAGCCAGUGAACUUCCAGGUGAGAGUGCAAAAGUCCUUGAUCCCAGUGGCAACCAGCUUUCUUUGUCUGAGGAGAAGGGUGGCGGCGAUCCAGAGAUCAAAGAUGUCGAUAAAUCUUUGGAGGACCGACACUUAGAUACAGUUGAGAAGCUUAAGAAGAGAAGUGAGCGGUUCAAGCUCCCAAUGCCAAGUGACAAAGAUGCGUUGGCAAUAAAGAAAAUGGAGAGUGAAGCUCUUCCUUCUGCCAAAAGUGAAACUCCCGUGGAUACAGAGAUCAAGCAGGAGCGACCUGCUCGCAAACGAAGAUGGAUCAGUAACUAAUACUUCACACAUUAUUUUGGCUAAUUGCUAUCAGAUUGAGGAGCUGACAUUAUUUGGCCGGACUAGUUUUGUGUUCGGCAAUUCUGCAGCAGCCUUCAAUCAUCGGAUCAGGAAUCGAUAAGUUUCUAUCGCCCCCUUCGACUUCGAAAAUGGUUUAUUUAGGGUUUCUGGGCAGGCCACUUGUCUCAGAAUAAUCUCCUAACGCCAUGGCCUCCAUAUACUUUAGUACUAUGUGUAUAUACCAGUCGGUGUAACAUUAAACUUGUCACUGAUGGUGGCACAUAUUACAUUUAUUCUCCUUUUGGAUUGUAUUCCUAAGACAUGGCCUGGAUUGAAUGAGUCAUGUUCCCAGUCUUUCACAGGAGCUGGCCAGCAAGCAAGCAGGCACUAAUUCAAAGCAGGAGUAUUGCUGUUUCUUGAGAAUCUUCCCAAGUGAAAACUAGCAGCAGAUGACGAAAAUCUUGUAUGACUCUGGAGAAGAGAACAAGCUAGACUAUCUGUUGUCUGAGAAGAGAACAAGCUAAGACUAUCUGUUGUCUAGUGGUUGUUUUUCUGUUAUCUUCCUCCUGUAUUCUGUAGCUUAAAUACGAACUAUAAGUUUUCCUCCUUACUUUUUUCUCCGGCAGGAAACCGGGAACGAUUUCAGAAAGUUCCAUUUUUGAGUUAUAAGUAUUUAACAAACGAGGAAAGGAAAUGAUUUCAGCAAUUAA